CAGGCGUGAAUGACAGAGGAGGUGCCCCCGACUGCACUUACGGACGUAAACCUGCGUCUUCUCUGCCACGAUGACAUAGACACAGUGAAACAGCUCUGUGGCGACUGGUUCCCAAUAGAGUACCCUGACUCAUGGUACCGAGAUAUCACUUCCAACAAGAAGUUCUUUUCCCUCGCAGCCACAUAUAGAGGCUCCAUCGUGGGAAUGAUAGUGGCAGAGAUCAAGAGCAGAACAAAGGUGCAUAAAGAGGAUGGAGACAUCUUAGCUUCCAAUUUUCCUGUGGACACUCAAGUUGCUUACAUCCUAAGUCUUGGAGUGGUGAAGGAGUUCAGAAAACAUGGAAUAGGCUCGCUCUUGCUUGAAAGUUUAAAAGACCAUAUAUCGACGACUGCCCAAGAUCACUGCAAAGCCAUCUACCUGCACGUCCUCACCACUAACAACACAGCAAUAAACUUCUAUGAAAACAGAGACUUUAAACAGCACCACUAUCUUCCCUAUUAUUAUUCCAUCAGAGGGGUCCUCAAAGAUGGCUUUACCUAUGUCCUGUACAUCAAUGGCGGACACCCACCCUGGACAAUCUUUGACUACCUACAGCACAUUGGAUCAACGCUAGCCAGCCUGAGCCCGUGUUCAAUUCCCCAGAGGAUAUACCGACAAGCCCAGAGCCUUCUCUGCAGCCUUCUGCCCUGGUCUGGCAUUUCUGCCAAGAGUGGCAUUGAAUAUAGCCGGACGAUGUGA